AUGGCGGACGCCAAGGGCGCACCUGCAGGUGCGGGUGGCGGCGAGGUGGCCCUCGUCAAGGCCGAGCUGCGACAGCUGCGUGCCGACCACAACCGCAACUUCAAGAUAUUCAGUGCCAACUUUCCGGUCCGGUUCGCGUUCACCUUCACCCCCUCGGACCCUAAUUUCCCCUACGACGUCGAUGGCGUGCGCCUCCGCUUCACCCUCCCCGAGGGGUACCCGCAGGUGGUGUGCCUGGUCGAGGUCGACGACCCCGCCCUGCCCGCGCCCCUCAACAAGAAGAUAGCGGAUGCGAUGAACGAGCAGGCCCGCGUGCUACACCAGAAGGGCCGGCCCGUCGUACUCGCCCUCCUCCGCUGGCUCGACCAACGCGGCCUGCCCGUCCUCCUCUCGGAUGCCGAGUUCCUGGCGUCGACGUACCUUACGCAGACGCUGGAGGGUCUCUCGCAGCGGCGGUACGUCAUCCACGACCCGGCCUCCUACGCCGCCAGCAGCAAGCAGCGGGAGGCGGCCACCCCCGCCCGCCCCGAGAAGGCCCACGCGCGGGAGCACGAGGGCGAAGAGGACGAAGAAGGUGAAGAGGAGGAGGACGACGACGACGAUGAAGAGGAGCAGGGCAGAGGCAAGAGGGACGAUCGUCCGGCCCCCGCCCCUGCCACUGCCGCCGCCGGCGGUGGCGGCAGCCAACCGCCCAAGGCCCCCAAGGCCAUCGAUCUGCAGUGCUCGGGACUCACCCUGGCCAACGUGGGCCUGGUGGAAUGCAUGACGCUGGGGCUCGUGGUGACGUGCUACCGCUGCUCCCGGCAAAGCGAGGUCACCCUCGUGCCUGGCCGCCCAAAGAACACGGAGUGCGGUGGUUGUCGCCUGCCGCACACGCUGGCGCUGCACGCUCUCCCCGUGCACGAGGGCUCCUCUCUCCUGGGCCAGCUCGAGGCCGACGGCUGCAAUCCGCUGGACGCGCUGCCGUCCAACUUCGCCGGGUUUUGCUUCGAGUGCGGCGAGCGGAACGUGUUUUCGGCCCUCGCCUUUGACCGCGUGACGGAGCGCACGUGCACCAAGUGCCACAACCGCAUGGCCCUCGCCAUCCACCACCUCACCUUCCACAAGAAGAAACGGCCCCCGCCCCCCGGCCUCGUGAUCCCCGACAAGCCCAAGAAGAAGGCGGUCAAGAUCCCGGGGCUGAAGGAGGGGGAUCCGCUGCCCCAGCAUGGCGCCUGCGCCCACUACUCCCACUCCUACCGGUGGCUGCGAUUUCCGUGCUGUGGGCGGGCGUUUCCGUGCGACGACUGCCACAACGACGCCUCGGAUCACGAGGCCAAGUGGGCAUCCAAAAUGGUGUGCGGGUACUGCUCCGUCGAACAGCGCUGCGACGAGGUGUGUGCCAAGUGCGGGAAGAAGGUGGCGGGCAAGGGCAAGAUUAAGGAUCCCACCAAGAUGAGCCGGAAGGACGGGAAAAAGUUCGCCGGCACCUGCAAAACCAAGUCCCGGAAGAGCGAACGUGUCGGCCCCAAGAAGGGGGGCUAA